UUCAUAAAUUUAAGCCACCCGCUUCUUUCCAACGGCUAGUAGGUUAGUGGGAUUUCAUGCUUCUGCUAAUUUACAAUGCCGUCGGCGAAGCAACAGUCAUGGAAAAUCAACGUCAAUGCCAAAUUCAAAAAUUCCCAUUUCAAAUUCAAAGCUAAAGACACAAAUCCCACUUGUAAAUCCCUCAAAUUCUCACUCUUUCUCAAGCUCCACCGUUUUCUUUUCCGAUUGAAAUCAGAUUCCGGCCUUUCAAUUCCUAGCAGCCAACAAAAUGUCUCUCUCAAAUCUAAAUUCCUCAAAUUUUUCCGUAAAUUUAAGAUUAUACCAUCAAGAAAACAGCCAAUUUCAGCAAAGAAAAAACUUUUUCUCAAAAACCCAGAAAAUAAAACUCCUUCAAAUUCACUAAAAAUGUCUGAGGGACCAAUUUGCAUUGAAUCUUUGUUCACCGGAACCUUAACGUUAUUUUCAAAAGCAAUACGUGAGAAUGACAAAAAGGGGAUGAUAAUUCAUGGUCUAUCAAUCUUGUCACUAACGGCUUUAUUUUUCAAGAAUUACGUGACGAUGAAGGCCAAAACUUUGAUGGUGUUCUUGACAACUGCACUAGUGAUUGUUUUUGCAGUUAUGUUCAAUUUACACAAAUGUAAUUAUACAUUUACGGGACUUAUGAAGAUGACUAUGUCUCCCAUUUUAUUUGGAAGGCAUGGAAUUAUUUUGCCUCUUCUGGGUCACUGUACGUGUUUUUUCAGGUACUGUUUUUACAAAAAUAAUCUUGGUUGAUUGAUCUUGAGAUGUUUGGUGGCAUUAAUUUAGAUUAUUAAGUUUUUUCAGGUGAUUUUGUCAAGGUUUUGUCAUUCCGUUGGUGUUAAGUUCUUGACCAAUUAAUCUGGUUUGUCGAAAUCUAAAUCUUUCAGAGAAUGGUAGAGAUUUGUUGUAGAGGAGUUGAGAUAUAGGUCUCGAAUUUGAGUCUAAACGGACUGCACUCUAUUUAUUUAGGUGCAAGUUUAUUAGUCUAUACUCUAUAGUGAAUGUAAGAGCAUAGUGGCGUAGCGGGAAAGACAAGAAGGGGCGUUAUCAGAAAGUAUCGUUGGAGGAGAGGCAGCAGCGGGGCCUGCCCCGGGUGGCCGCUUCAGCUGCCCUACCCUUUCGGCUACCUGUGUAAGAGAAUGAUCGAUUUUUAUUAUACAGCUCACACGGUCCUAUUUGAUCUAACUUAACAUAGUGUUUUGAUUUUUAUGAUGUUAAAUUAUUGAGAGUUUAUGUCUAAAUGGCAAGAACAAUUGUGUUUGUUGUCUACAGACUAUGAAUAUCUUUUUCAUUAAAUAUUAUCAAAUACUAUAAGUUAAGAACAGACACUAUUCAUCAGAAACGUUUCAGCCUUUGUAAACAGAAGACAUCAUUUCAGAAUUAUAGUGUUAUGGGAUUGGAGCUAUGUCAGAACCAGUGGCCUAGCUGUUAGUGAUAUGAACUGUAGAAGCUUAUUUAGAUCAACAGAUGAAGUACCCUAUUCCUCUGCAAUAAUACAUUGAUCAUUGAAGUUUAGAUCUUAAAAAAGUUGAUUGAACUGUGCAGAAACUUACUUAAACAGUAUCCUACUCUAAGGAAACAGUCCCAUUUUUAAGGGGCCAUCCCCUCCUGUGAAGGUCUAUAACAAGUUAAAAGAGUUCAGUGUGUCAUUUACUUCUUCUGCAGAAGUAGUAGGUUGCUACAUUGCUCGAAAAAAAAAAGAUCAGUCCGGACUCAACUUCUAAUUUACCUCUGAUUUUCGGGCAGCUUGGGCUUAACCUUCUAGUUCUGAAGGCGGAAGGCUGGAGCCUAUCCUAGCCUAAGGGUAGUUCCGUCCCUAGUUCCUAUAUUUCGUUGUUUCAUUUUCAUUUCUAGUAAUGCUUUUAAAUUCGGAGAUUUUACAUUUACAACCUUUUCUAUAAUGUGGUUUUAUUCGAUUUUUCGUUUCCGUAAUUUCGUUUUAGCAUUUCUAGUUCCGUGCUACAACUCAUUUCAUGUCAGCAAUCUUACUGUAUGCACAUGAGCGAGUCUGUGACAUUGUAGUAAGUGUUUGUCUUGAUAGAGUACCUUGUACUAGUCCAGCUAGAAAAAAUAAACUGUAUGGGAAG